CCCGCCUGAACCGUGUUGAAUCGACGAUCGACGAUCCUAUCCGUAGGAUCGUCACAUCCCACUUUGCCUUACUUAGGGUUUCCUCUCGUUUUAUUAGUCGCAUCAGGUCGUUCUUACUCAUCGUUGCUAUCGUUUAGGCAUUCCCCCGCGAAUACCUAACCCGUUUGAUUUUUCUUGUCGUUUCCUUUUUUCUUUACUUUCGGGUUUCCUUCUUUUGUGUGUCUUCAGACAAUUUCCCUGCUCUCUUUCUUUCCUGAGGAAUUUCACAAUCGGUUGUUUCAGUUGUUGAUUCUUCUUGGACUGGAAUCGCAAGAUUCCAAGUGAGGAAAUCUUGACAUUAUGAUUCCUCGAAUAGUAACCUCAGAUGAGGUCUAUAUUCUGCCUUUGAAGGAUAAUGGCGCUCCAGAUAUUCCUGGAGAGUACAUUUAUCUGGCUCCUACAUCAAACGAUCCUAUUACCAUACGAUUCACAAUCGAAGGCACCUCCUCUAUAUGUCGACAAGGCAGCUUAUGGGUUAAUAUACCUGAACGGGGAUCCGAGUUCCGUAGAGAUCACUAUCGCGAGUACAGGCUGAAUCCUGAUUUCAAUCGAACGAUAGAAAUAUCCAUCCCCGUCUACGAAGCUGGUGCUUUCGCCUUUUAUACCACCUACGCCGAGCUACCCCCUCUUUCUUCCGCCUUAGCCACCAACGAAUCCGCCUCUGUCGAAUCUAAAACGACCCCUACCUACUAUAUUGACAUUGCUCCCCGGUUGUCACUAGAUGGACGUCUACUACCGUUACCCGCAUUGUCAAUAUUCUCCGUUAUCAGCAAGUUCAUGGGAAAAUACCCAUCUGAUUGGGAGAACCAUUUACGAGGCAUUAGUGGCCGCGGAUAUAACAUGAUUCAUUUCACACCUCUCCAAAUCCGUGGAGGUUCUAAUUCUCCCUAUAGUCUGUAUGAUCAGCUUGGAUGGGACCCAGAAUGCUUUCCUAGAGGAGAGGAGAAUGUACAGCAGAUGGUUGACAGUCUCGAACACAACCAUUCCCUCCUCAGCCUAACUGACAUCGUCUUAAAUCACACCGCUGAUAACAGCAAAUGGCUUCUCGAUCACCCAGAGGCUGGUUAUAACCUGAAUACCGCCCCGUGGCUUGAAUCAGCCUAUGUUCUCGACACCCAACUCCUAGUCUUUGGAUCCAGGCUAGAAAAACUAGGAUAUCCUAAGGAGCUUCUUUCUGCUGAUGAUCUUAUCAAGGUUAUGGACGGCAUUAAAAAGCAUGUCGUUGCCGAGAUUCGUCUAUGGGAAUACUACACACUUGAUGUUGACAGGGAUGUGGAUGCUGCAAUCGAAUCUUGGGCAGUUGGACAAGUACACAUUCCCCAGGGAAUUGACAGUAGUGUUCUUGACAAAUUGAAAGUAGGUAGUGUUGAAGAUCAAGCUAUGUAUCUAGUUCAGAAUGGUCUCGUCGGCAACGACAGACUUGGUGCACGUUUCCGGCGGUCUAUUAAUCCAAAAGUUUCGGCUGGUCUAAUUGCUACUCUAUUUGGAAAGUAUAGGGGCGAGGCAGAUGAAGCAGUUAUUCGCUCUAAAUUUGUCCAGAUUUUGGACGUGGUCAAUGUUCCAUUUUACGGGGAGUAUGACAAGGAGAUCGGCGAAAUUCUCCAGCAACUCUACAAUAGGAUCAAGUACGUCCGCCUGGACGAACAUGGGCCGAAACUUGGCCCUAUUGACCAGGAGAAUCCUUUGAUCGAAACAUACUUUACUCGUCUAAACAAGGCGGAUGCAUCCAAGAGACUCAAACCUGAAGAUUUGGUUCUUGUCAAUAAUGGUUGGGUUUGGGCUGGUAAUGCUCUGGUUGACAAUGCUGGACCUCAAUCACGCGUAUAUUUGAGACGCGAAGUUAUCAUUUGGGGGGAUUGUGUCAAGCUCCGUUACGGCUCCGGUCCCGAGGAUAGCCCUUGGCUGUGGGAACACAUGACCAACUAUGCUCGGAUGCUAGCAAAGUAUUUUGCAGGCUUCCGAAUCGACAACUGCCACUCGACACCCAUUCACGUUGCGGAACACAUCCUCGACGAGGCACGCCGCGUUCGACCCAACUUGUACGUCGUGGCAGAGCUUUUCACGGGCUCUGAGGAGAUGGACUAUGUCUUUGUCAAGAGGCUUGGUCUAAGUUCGUUGAUCAGGGAAGCUAUGCAAGCCUGGAGCACAGCAGAGCUCAGUAGAUUGGUGCAUCGCCAUGGUGGACGUCCUAUUGGAAGCUUUGAGGUUGAUGAGAUUUCAAAACGUUCCAUCGAAAGUGCUCCUACUAGUCCUGGACUCGCUGAUGGUACGACACGAGAAGUCCUUCGCAGAAUUAAGCCUGUCCCAGUUCAGGCUCUGUUUAUGGAUUGUACGCACGACAACGAAGUUCCAGCACAGAAGAGAGAUGCCCGAGAUACUUUACCUAAUGCUGCCUUAGUGUGCAUGUGUGCUAGUGCAACAGGCAGCGUCAUGGGAUAUGAUGAGAUAUAUCCGAAACUUGUUGAUCUGGUGAACGAAACUAGGCUAUACACAUCUGAGUCAUCUUCUUCUAAGGAAGUAAAAAUAGGAGGCGGCAAGGGUGGUAUUGGCGGUGUCAAGAAGCUGCUCAAUGAGAUUCAUACAUUGAUGGGGAAGGACGGAUACGACGAAACACACAUUCACCACGAAGACCAGUACAUCACGGUCCACAGAGUCCACCCUGAGUCUAGAAAGGGAUACUUUCUCAUCGCCCACACUGCCUACCCCGGCUAUGGAAACGGCAAUGGUGCAUUCAGCGCUGUUCAUCUUAGUGGCACAAAAGCGCGGCAUCUGGGAAGCUGGAUGUUAGAAGUUGACGACAGCAAAGAAGCUAAGCAGAAAGUCGAAAGCGACAAGAAAUACCUCCGAGGCCUCCCCAGUGAAGUCGUUGAUGUGCCAGGCAUUCGGUUGGAAGUCAAUUCGACCGAGACAACCAUCACGGUGCGUGAUAAAUUCCCACCUGGAAGCAUUGCUCUGUUCGAAACUUGGAUCCCAGCUGCAGAACACUCGGCAGGCCUGGACACUUAUGUUACAUCUGGAGCUAAGGAAGCCAUGGCUGAGCUUGACCUUGUUGAUCUCAACUUCCUGCUGUACCGCUGCGAAGCCGAAGAGCUUGGCGGUAGUGAUGGCAAAGACGGCACCUACGAUAUUCCAGAACAUGGGAAGAUUAUAUAUGCGGGCCUUCAGGGUUGGUGGAGUCUCCUGGAAAAUAUCAUCAAGGAUAACAAUUUGGCCCACCCCUUAUGUGAAAACCUCCGUAAGGGACAAUGGGCUCUCGAUUAUACUGUUGGACGUCUUGAAAGAAUAAGCCAACAAAAGGAGUUCGCUGGCCUUGCUAAACCUGCAGAUUGGCUUAAGAACCGAUUUGAUGCAAUCCGUGGUAUACCCAGUUUCCUCCUGCCCCGCUACUUUGCACUCAUUGUGCGAACUGCCUACAAGGCCGCCUGGGAUAGAGGUCUCCAGCUUAUGAACGACAAGGUACAGAACAACCAAUGGUUCCUGCAGAGCCUGGCGAUGGUUAGUAUACAGAUGACAGGCCUGGUUAAAUCCGCUUCACUUUGGCCGAAGAAGCUUGUUCCCUCAUUAGCAGCCGGCUUGCCCCAUUUUGCUGUGGAAUGGGCAAGAUGCUGGGGUCGCGAUGUUUUUAUAUCCCUCCGUGGCCUGUACCUUGGUACUGGCCGGUUCAACGAGGCAGCAGAACACAUUUUUGCAUUUGCUAGCGUUCUCAAGCACGGCAUGAUCCCCAACCUUCUCGGCAGCGGAAAUCUUCCACGGUACAACAGUCGAGACUCUGUCUGGUUCUUUUUGCAAUGCAUUCAAGACUACACCCGAUACGCGCCAGAUGGGUUAGCUUUCCUAACGAAGAAGGUAAAACGUCGUUUCCUACCAUACGAUGAUACCUGGUUUAGCUCAGACGACCCGAGAGCGUAUUCGACGGAGAGCACCAUCACGGAUGUCAUUCAAGAAGCUUUGCAACGCCACGCAUCUGGGCUUAAAUUCCGUGAAGCCAAUGCAGGCCCAAGCAUCGACUCCCAGAUGCGCGAUGAGGGCUUCAACAUCGAGGUCAACGUCGACUGGUCUAAUGGAAUUAUUUUCGGUGGUAAUCAAUUCAACUGUGGCACCUGGAUGGACAAGAUGGGCGAGAGUGAGCGUGCAGGCUCAAAGGGCAUACCAGGUACCCCUCGCGACGGUGCUGCUAUUGAGAUCACCGGACUGCUCUAUAGUACCCUGAAAUGGCUCGCCAAGCUCAGUGCCGAGGGCAAUUAUCCGUAUAAGGGUGUGACCAAGUCUGACGGCUCAGAAAUCACUUUCUCAGCUUGGGCCGACCUUCUCAAAUCGAGCUUCGAGCACAGCUACUACGUGCCAGUCAACCCAUCGGAUGAUGCACAGUACGCUGUCAAUCCUGCUGUUGUCAACCGCCGCGGUAUCUAUAAAGACCUGUUCCGCUCCGGGAAGGAGUACGAGGACUACCAGCUUCGGCCCAACUUCGCCAUCGCCAUGACAGUGGCGUCAGACCUCUUUGAUCCAGAUCAUGCGACAGGAGCACUUGUACUCGCAGACGAAGCGCUUCGUGGACCGACGGGCAUGGCGACUCUCGACCCGUCCGACCUCAACUACCGCCCGUACUAUAUCAACAGCGAAGACUCGACCGAUUUCGCCACCUCCAAGGGCAGGAACUAUCACCAAGGCCCCGAGUGGCUCUGGCCCACGGGCUUCUUCCUGCGCGCCCUUCUGAAGUUCGAUCUCAUGAGAAGGAACACGGAGCACGGCCGCGUCGAAGCCUUCCAGCAGGUGACGAGGAGGUUGGCCGGGUGCAAGGACCAUAUUCGAAACAGCGAAUGGGCGGGGCUUACGGAGCUCACGCAGAAAAAUGGCGAAUUUUGCGGCGACUCGAGCCCGACGCAGGCUUGGAGCGCCGGCUGCUUGAUUGAUUUAUACAUGGAUGCUGCCGAGUACUCGGCAUAGUACGCAUGAUAUGGUAUGGUAAAUCGGUCUCGGAUCUCGGGUUGGGAGGCGGCAUUUUGGGGAGCGGAGGCGUGGGAGUUGUUGGAAGGGAUUGUCAAAAGUCGAGCAUGGCACCCACGCGCAUACGGAAGGUCAGGAUUCGCAUACGUAUUGGAGGAUUUGGGAGUUUGUUAUGUUUCGCUUUGCUUCUACUGCUAUCAAACUUGGAAAUGAGGUCAUGAAGCAUACAUCUCGUACAUAGACACAUGCAUAGGUACGAUGAAUACGAGGUAUGAUCAUGAUAAUUGGUAUUGUGCGUGGUUGCGAUUGGUGCGUAAGGUUCGGAUGGACGGUUGAAGCAAACUUUGUUCCUUGGGAUUGAGCUUGACGCCAUCAUAACGAUGUAAGGCAUGGAAUCUGGGAUCUCCAUCCAUCCAUUUCUCCUUGGCAGAUUAAGGAGAAUCCAUGCGUCACACCCGCAUACGCUCCAUAGCCUAUCGCAACAUCCGCAAUCCGCCACACGGAUUCUCCCUUCCCUCUCUCACCUUUUAGCCCAGCCUGCCCAGGCACACAUAUCAUCGCUUACCUAUAUGUAUGUAGGACAAUCAGGAGCGCCUAGAG